AGUCAUAAAACUUACCGCAAAAAAAAUCACCCUUCGGUUCAAGGGUCGCCCUGUACAGAAAUCUUCAUGUUCCGGGUGAAGACGAGAGAAAAUACUGACUGAAUCAGCCCACAGCAAGUAGGACACAACUUGUUCCCAAGUCACAAGAUGCCUCUGAUAUUAAGCCAGGAAGUGAUUGUAAGUCUGGCAGUCCCUGGGAGGGGGAUGUUAGACUGUUCAACAUCUAACGCAGCACAGCCAGGCCGGACUGACGCACACGACUGUCACUGACACAGCUAUAUGGGUUUAAUCCCCCCCCGUUGGUUACUUCAGUGCAAAUCUGUAUGUGUCUGAGACACUCUUGUUUCAGAUGAAGAGCAGCCUAAAUUUGUUUCUUUUCAUAUUCAUCACCCACUUACUUUAUCCUCCCCCCGCCUUUUCUUUCCAUUCCCUUUUUAUUUCUCUACCCCCUUCCCCUCGCAUUCCUUCUCCUCCUCACCCCAUGUAGGUCAAACUUCCUUAUUUUCUUAUCUUUCCUCUAUUCCUUCUCCCACCCCCUCCUUUUUCUGCACCUUCUGCUCCUGUGCUGGAGAGCAGCUGACAGCAGAUCAGGCAGGGACCUUUCAUUAUCAGCAAAAUCACUUCUGAUUUGGAGCAGAAGGCAGAGAGAACGGAAGCCCAGCUCCGCGCUGCCAUGGCUUCAGGGGCUUCUGAACAGGGACUCCAAGAGGAAACCAAAUGUCCCAUCUGCAGAAACUAUUUCACGGAGCCGGUGAGCGUAGACUGUGGGCACAACUUCUGCCGGGACUGCAUCUCUCAGCACUGUGACACAUGGACAAAAGGGGACUAUGACCCUUUGUGCUGUCCCAUGUGCAGAGCUCGGAUCCAGAAGGAGAAUCUCCGGCCCAACUGGGACCUGGCAAGAUUAACAGAAAUACUUAAAGAAUGGAAUCUGUGCAAGAAACACCAGGAGAAACUCAACCUGUUCUGCGAAGAGGACGGGGAAGCCGUGUGUGUGGUUUGCGAGAAAUCCCCCGAGCACAGAUCUCACACGGUGCUGCUCAUGAAGGAGGCUGCCCAGAAAUAUCAGGAUCAAUUCCAAACCCAUUUGCUAAUGCUGAAGGAAGAGAAAGAAAAGCUCACAAAAUGUAGACAGUCUGAAGAGAGGAAAUUGCAGGAAUUCCUGGAAAAGACGGAAGCCGAGAGGCAGAAGAUUGUGUCUGAAUUUGAGCAACUGCGCCAGUUUCUGAAGGAACAAGAGCGACCCCUGCUGGCAUUACUGGAAGAGCUGAAGAAGGAGAUUGCGAAGAUUCAGGACGAAAAGGUCACCAAACUCUCCGAGGAGAUUUCCCAUCUCAGUGAGCUGAUCGGUGAGAUGGAUAAGAAGUGUCAGCAGCCGGUGAGGGAAUUCCUGCAGGGCAUCAGAUGCACCUUGAACAGAUGUGAAAAAAGGAAGUUCCAGCAGCCAGAGGAGAUUUCUCCUAAGCUGGAAAUCAAACUUGAUUUUUGGUGUCAGCAAAAUAUUGCCCUGAAGGCUACUCUGAGGAAAUUCAAAGACAUGCUGUCAUCUGAACUGAAGAGAGAAUGGGAAUUGUCUCUGCCACAGGGUGUAACAAAAUCACAUACAAAGGCGAAUGUGACUCUGGAUCCAGACACGGCUCAUCCCAGGCUCAUCGUGUCUGCAGAUCGGAAAUGCGUGAGAUGGGGAAACACACAGCAGGAUCUCCCUGAUAAUCCCAAGAGAUUUGAUUUUAUUCUCUGUGUGCUGGGCUGUGAGGGAUUCACCUCGGGGAGACAUUUCUGGGAGGUGGACGUGGGAGAUGGGGGACGGUGGGCCGUGGGGGUGGCCAGAGAGUCUGUGAGGAGGAAGGGAGAGAUCAUCCUGAAUCCUGAGGGGGGGAUCUGGGCUGUGCGACAGUGGGAGGGCCAGUACCGAGCUCUCACCUGCCCAACAACCUUCCUGUCCAUGAGCUACAGCCCCCAGAAGAUCCGUGUUUCUCUGGACUAUGAUCAGAGGCAGGUGACAUUUUUCGACGCUGAUAACAAGGUUCUGAUCUAUACUUUCCUGCUGGUCUCUUUCACUGGGGAGAGAAUCCACCCUUGGUUCCGAGUGGGGACGGGAUCUCAGCUCAGGCUCUGUCCCUGAGACAAGAGGGGAAUGUCCCACUGGGGACCCUGCAAUUUUCCCUUGUAGCCUCUGACGUCCUCAUCUCCACGGCCCUGGCCAAAUCCCAGCUUCCCGCAGACCUUCUACUGCAUACUCUGGAGUGUCCAAACCACAACAGGCUACCAGGGAGAGAUGGAGAUACAGAAGCCAAUCGCAUUGCCACAAGGAUUUGACACCUGUUUGUCAUGGUCCUCAGUGAUCCAGAAGAACUCUAGCUGCCUGUAGGGUCGGAGACUGAUAGAUGGGAGCCGUAGUUAAUUAAAGUGAAGGGCAGUGAAAAGGAGAGAGACACAAAGCAAAGUACGUGACAGUGGGAUUGGUGAAUGCUAAUGAAAGCGAUGCUGUCACUCAUGGCAUAGUUCAUCCAUUCAAUGCACUAUUGGGGCAUGAAAAGUAGGGCCAUUUCUGUGCCUUUAUAAAGACUUUGUACAAAUUUUGCAACUUUUCUCUUUUUUAAUUAUUCAGUGAUCACUGCCAGGGAAAAAUUGUGCCAGGUAAAGGGCUGGUGCAAGGCACUUGCAUCACAGAGCAGAGGGAGCAAGGUCUAGGUCGCAAGAGGGCAGACUUUGGGAAAUUAAGGGAAUUAGUUAAAGAAGUCGCUGGACUGACGUUCGCAAGGACUGAAAUGGAAAAGCAGCUUGGAAUUUCUUUGGCCCAACUGUACAAAAGCUAGCUGAAAUUUACAUCCCAAACAAGGGGGGGAAACUUGUAGGGAAAGGCUCCAGACCUGGCUGGCUGGAUAACCACCAAUAUGGAAAGGGAAAAUGACGAGCAAAGAAAGCUACAUCAAGGAAGAUAGAAAAAUGUUCGAAUAAAGUGAGAAUUGCUGAGAGUGACGCGGAAUUAGCUCUUGCCAAAUGAAAUAAAACAAAUACUGAGUGGUUUUUUAGUUACAUAAAUGAAAAGAGAAUAAGGAAGGAAGUGGUAGGCCCACUAUGCACUGUGGAUGGGAAAGGGAUUAAAGAUAAGCUACAGUAUAGCCCAGAAGCUAAAUUCGCAUUUUGCGUUGGUUUUCAGUGAGGAUGAUCAUAUGAUCUUACAACGUAUUAGCCGAGGCAUUUCCAGCAAAGGCUGAGAAGUAUUAAUGACAUUGCACAAGGCACUGGUAAGAUCUCAUCUGGCAUACUGUGUAGAGUUCUCGUCUCCCAUGUUCCAGAAAGAUUAAUUUAAACUGCAAUAGGUACAGAGAAGACCUAAUAGGAUAAUCAGGGGAAUGGAGACAGGGGUGCUGGAAUGGGGGGACCAGGAGGCCACGGUCCCCUUACUUUUCACAGUGGGUGGGCCAGGCCCAUCCACUUCUUAACAUGAGCGUAGUUUGAGGGGCAGUGAGCUGCAUUGCCCCGCCAAAAUGCAAGCAUCAGGCAGGCGCGGAGCGACGCGAGCAGGGGCUGCACUUCGCGACCCCUGCCUGCAGCACCAGCCUCUUCCCAGCCGGCCCCUCUCAGUGGCCCCACCUCUGCUCCUCCUCUUCCCCCCAGGGGCCCAUCCCCUGGCCAGGCCAGAAGGCAGAGCCAGCCUGCUGCCCAGGGAGUCCAGGCCGCUGUGGGGAGCCCUGGGCCCUCCAUCUGCCCUGGGCGACGCGGUGUAAUCGUGUGACAGAAUACAGCUCUGCAUUCACACCCUACACACUAUUGUAAUAAUCUUUGUUCAAAGUAUGACUUGUAAGUGAGGCUGCGAGUUUGUCACGGAAGUCACAGAUUCCGUGACUUUCCAGGACCUCUGUGACUUCUGAGCAAUUCAGGCAGCCCCUGGGCCAGCCACACCAGCCGCUGCUGGGGCAGUCUCGCCCCCCACUCCCCCCGUCAGCAGCAGUAGGAGUUUUUGUCUGGGGGGGACUCAGUGCUAGGGGUUGUCGCACAGGAGGGGGUGAGGGGCAGCGCUUACCUCAGGGGUGGGCUCCCCAGAAGCAGCGACAUGUCCCUCGCUCCCUCAGCUCCUAGCUCCGUGCACUGCCUCCGCCUGCAGACACCGCCCCCGCAGCUCCCAUUGGCUGCGGUUCCCGGCAAUGGGAGCUGCGGAGCCAGCGCUGGGGCGGGGGCAGCGCGCAGAGCUAGGAGCUGAGGGAGGGACGUGUCGCCACUUAUGGGGAGCCACAAGGAGCCGGGUAGGGAGCCUGCCAGCUCCACCAACCCCAGCACCAGCAGGGGUUCUGGACUACUCCUGCCCAAGAUUUAGUCAGGGGUAUAUAGUACAAGUCAUGGACACGUCACAGGCUGUGAAUUUUUGUUUACUGCCCGUGACCUGUUCAUUACUUUUACUAAAAACAAAACCUGUGACUAAAAUGUAGCCUUACUUGUGAGGUAUCAUAUGAAAACUCAUAAUUUUCUGGUCAUUAUUGUCCUGGUAAUAUAUGUGUGGCAACUGUGUGUGUGUGAAGUGAUAAGAUCCCCCUAUAUGGUGUUGUUAACAUGUGUUCAAAACCCCACAGUACUGUCCAAAGAGAAGGUGGCAAACAGGUCUGUCCUAAACGAAAGAACGUGUGCUCUGCUUCAUUUGCAUUUGAGCAAUAAACAGAGUUAUCAAGCAGAAGGGGAAAACAAAGGAAGUUCAAACAGGUGAAAAAAACAGCAGGGAACAUUCUUCUACAUACAUACUCUGGCUCCUGGUACUCUGUUUUUCAAGAGGGGGACUGAAGCUAUGAAAAGAAGGGACAAACAUCCCAAAACACUCCUCUGUCUCUCAUCACAUUCACUGCACCUGAAGAGACAAAGGAAGCAUUUACUGGGAGAGGGAGUCCUGACCUAGAUGGUUUGGUCAGUAAGGAUGCUGAAAGCAUGUGGUGAGAAACUUUGCUUGAAUCUAAUAUAGUUUGUUAAGUUAGGCAUUAGUAAGUGUUCUAUCUUUAUUUUUCUUUUAUGCCUCAUGACUUGUAGUCACUUAAAAUCUCUCUUUGUGGUUAAUAAA